GGUCUAAGCAGCUUCUGGAGGCCCAGUCGUGCGUGAGAUCCAGAAGAGUGUCUGUGCCGUUUGUCUCCUGCUGGGACUGCGACAGUAGCUCUUGGAUCUGUUACCCGCACGGCGGCCAGAAGGAGCACUGAAACCUCUUUACGCCACUUCCCUGCUUGAAAUCCUUCAGCGAUUUGCCGAUGCUUUGGGGGAAGAGGGGGAUUGCCCUCCCCGCUGACACCACAGAGGAGCUACAGGACAUCAUCGGCAUGGACAAGCCCACCAGCCUCCCAGAUUUCCUGGCCAAGUUUGACUACUACAUGCCUGUCAUCGCGGGCUCCCGGGAGGCCAUCAAAAGGAUCGCCUAUGAGUUUGUCGAGAUGAAGGCCAAGGAGGGCGUGGUGUAUGUGGAGGUGCGUUACAGCCCGCACCUGCUGGCCAACUCUAAAGUGGAGCCGAUCCCCUGGGACCAGGCCGAAGGGGAUCUCACCCCCGACGAGGUGGUGGCUGUGGUGAACCAGGGCCUGCAGGAGGGAGAGCGAGACUUUGGGGUGAAGGUGCGGUCUAUCCUGUGCUGCAUGCGCCACCAGCCCAACUGGUCCCUGGAGGUGGUGGAGCUGUGUAAGAAGUACCAGCAUCAGACUGUGGUGGCCAUUGACCUGGCUGGAGACGAGACCAUCCAAGGGAGCAGCCUCUUCCCGGGACAUGUGCAGGCCUACGAGGAGGCCGUGAGGAGCGGCAUUCACCGCACUGUCCAUGCAGGGGAGGCGGGCUCUGCGGAGGUGGUGAGACAGGCCGUGGACACGCUUAAGACGGAGAGGGUGGGACACGGCUACCACACGCUGGAUGACGAGGCCCUUUACACCCGGCUGCGCCGCAGAAACCUACAUUUUGAGGUCUGCCCCUGGUCCAGCUACCUCACAGGCGCCUGGAAGUCGGAUACGGAGCACCCGGUGGUUCGGUUCAAACGUGACCAGGCUAACUACUCACUCAACACGGAUGACCCUCUCAUCUUCAAGUCCACCCUGGAAACCGAUUACCAAAUGACCAAACAGAACAUGGGCUUUACUGAAGAGGAGUUCAAGAGGCUGAACAUCAAUGCGGCAAAGUCCAGUUUCCUCCCGGAAGAUGAGAAGAGGAAGCUUCUUGAUCUGCUCUAUAAAGCCUAUGGGAUGCCAUCUUUGGCUGCUGCAGGGCAGCGUCUCUGAAGACAUCACGGCCACCUCUCCAAGCCCUCACCCUGUGGAUGGAGCCUCCCUGACUCUGGGGCCUGGAAUGACACGCCUACCUUUACUCCUUCAAGGAAGACCAGGGUUCCCAUAGUCAGCUGCUCUUGAAGCCUGUGUGCCUGUUUCUGUACACGUGAAAACUUCAGCACGCUGUAUCUCUCCUCGGACUGUGGACCAGAGUCUGGUUGAAUCUGAAACCUUCCUAUGGGGACUCAUGCUGAAAAUCUGGUGCUCAAUAAAGAAGCUAAUGACUA